GCAAGCAAAUCUUGACACUGUAACUUUAAGUGGAGGAACCCGUAACCCUGAGUUCACUACCACGGAAAGGAAACAGGGCUAGGCUGUGGGGAGCCACUGCUACUAACUGCUGACAACAGGAAAACAUUAUGCCAUGAGAACUGGAACUCGCAGGCCGUCCCUGCAGCAAGUAUGGCCCAGGCUCAGGCCCUGGUCCUAAUCUCAUCGCUGCUGACCAUCUAUGUCUCUGAAGGGAGCCCCGAGGUGUGGGUGCGAGUCCAGAUGGAGGCCACCGGGCUCCCAUCCCUCUCCCUCUCAGUUCGCUGUGGGGUCUUAGGAACCAGUUUCAUCUCCCUGGUAACAGUGAUCUGGGAAAGAUUUGUGGAUGCCCAAGGGACCAAACUAGCUGUGUUACAUCCAGAACUUGGCACCCAGCGGUGGGGCCCCACCUCCCAGGCCCGCUGGGAAACCUCGAACAGCAUCUCUCUCACCCUGACCCUGGAACAGUCCAAAGCAAAAACGUCUCUGGCUAACACCACAUUCUGCUGCGAGUUCGUUACUUUCCCUCACGGUUCCAGGGUUGCCUGUGGAGAGCUGCAUAGCUCAGAUCCAGGACUCUCUGCCCCAACUUCAGUCCCCAUUCUUCAAGCAAACCUGGCCAGGAUCUUGGGGACCUCAGGGCUUCUCCUGCUGGGUUUCGUCUUCAUACUCUAUCUCCUGUGGCGGCAGAAGCAUUGGUGUUUCAGUAAAUCUCAGCCAUCCCCCAUCAGCACCCGGGCACAGACGCAAGCUCAGCUUCUCCGAUCACCCUCUGGACAUGGCAGCUUCGUCUCUACUGAGAAUGGAUUGUAUGCUUCGGCAGGGGAGACACUUCCCCACCCUGUUCCCAACAGCCUUGCUUCCUCUGACUGUCUGGAGCACGGUACCCCGGGAAAAUGCUCAGAAGUUCAAUGCAGGCACCCUCGGUCCCCUCCAGGCCUUUGGGACAUCCCUCUGCUGGUGUCUUCAUCCUGGGCCUCUUCAUGAAUCUUGUUUUGGUUUUAGGCCUCUGAUGAGACCACACCCUGCUGGCUAGGAUGUGGUCAAUGUAUGCGCAUGUAUGGACAAAGGUGUGAGUGGAGAGGUAUGACGAAGGCCCAGUUACAUCCUGUUUUGCACACAAUUCCACCCUCCCAGAUGAUGUCUUUAAUAAGGUCAUUAAAGUGAUCCUUCUGUUUGGGACUUUA